GUUCGCAGUUCUUGGAGGAACCACUACCUGGCAAGUCGAACUCCGGGUUUAAAAUUGCAACAAUACGCAUGCGCGUUGUGUGCGGAACUGUUCGAAAACAGCAGCGCGAAAUAAAGCAAGUCGGCAGCGAACAAGAUGUCUAGUUUUAGAGUUUAGCCACCAAGAUAGGUGUCAUUUUGGCAUUUUACCGUUACAUGAUCUGUUUUCAAUGUAUUAAUUUUCACAUUUAGAACGCUUUUGUUCGGUGUAGCUUCAAUAUUUUCGGGUUUUAAACGUUAGCUUACCCAAACGUCACUGAUUUGCGUUAGCUGCAUUACCAUUAGCUGUGUUGUGUAUGUUAGCUUGCUGAUAUGAAACCUGCUCGAGGUUCUAAACGGGCUCCAUCAAACGGACCUAACGUGAAAAACAAGAAAAAAUCGGAUAAACAGGAAAAAACAGCUAAUCAGCCCAGUGACACUCACAAUGCCAAGAAACCCACAGCAGCACAGAAGAGAAAAGCUGAAGUCUCACCUUCAGUCCCCAAGAAAGUCAAAGCUCAGGACAACUGGAAGCUCAUACCGAGGCCCUCCAUCAGUGCUCUGGAGAACAUACUGGACUUGGCAAUACUAGCAACUCUUCCUCUGAGGCGGACAGAGAAAAAAGAGAGCCAGGAACAUCUGAACAUAAUAAAAAACAGGUUCCUUGCUGAAUGUGCACAGCUCAGAGUUCCAGUGCAGAAACAGAAAACUCUGGAGCAUUCAUCUCAACGCCAUCAGGAGGAAACCAAGAAGUCGGUGGUUGGAAAGAAGACUCUGAGUACCCUGGAGGAAGAUUUGAGGGCUGUGAUAGGUUCUCUGGAGAAGACAGAGGAGCAGACUGCAUCACUACAGCACUCAUGCAAUAUGCUUAGAGAACAGGUAGAGGAGGAGGAAGAGAACUCUAAACAGAUUUUGCAAAGAAUUGAACGAACAGUUCUCAACCUCCCCCGUCUUCCUCAACAGAAAGAUGGCAAAUCAUUGGAGGCUCGAUUGAGAAAUAUUAUACCAGACAGUGACUCUGAGACCACUGCCCGUAAACUGGGAGAAAUCCUUCAGAAAUCAGAAGCAAUCCAGGAUGACCAGGUGCUUCUUCUACAGGCACACAAACAUGCUGAUCAGCUCUUUAGGAACACUAAACCAUGAUGCACCUAGUUCUGAGAGGAUUCAGCCACAUUUCUCUCUAUACUGGGUUGAUUUUUUUUUUUUUUUUUUUUU